UAUAAAUACACGGACACCAAUACAAAUAUACAAUAUUUCGUCGAAGACAAAGAUUUGUGUUUUGAUCAUCUCUUCUCUUUCUUUCAAUCAAAAAUCUAAACUUGUGUUUCACAUUUUCAUUAUCAUUACUCAACUCCCUCGAUUUUCGUAACUAGGGUCUCCGGCAAUCAUCAUGAGAACUCGUAAUGGCGCCAAUCUUAAAUCGCCAGCUCCGAAGAAGACGCCACCGCCCAAGAAAUCCACCGCCAAACCCACUCCGACAUCUGCCGAGGCCGGCGCCGGCUCGUCCACUCCGGAAACUGGCCAAACCAAGCGUUCGCCUUCUACCAGAGGUAGACCACCGAUUAAGAAGAGGCAAAUCGUAACCACGACUGAUUCGAAACUCGAAGAACCAUCUGGUACGGAAGGUGAAGAGAUUUCUGCUGGUGCUAUUCAAGUGACACCAGAUUCGAAGGUGGGUAGAGUAACAAAAUCAGUGGCGACCAGAACAUCUGGGAGGAUUAAGACAACUACUGUAAGAAAAGGUAUUUCUCCACAGGGGUCUGGUGUUAGGGAUUCCGGGGAGGCGAAUGUUGAAGAGUCUAAUGAUGAAGUGGGGGAAGCCUUGGUCGUGGGAAGUACGGAGAAGGAACCGAGGGAACCCACUGUAGUUAUAGAAACCCAGGUAGUAGAGACUGUGAAUGAGGAACCGAAUCAACCCGGUGCAGUUUUAGAAACCCAGGUUGUAGAGUCUAUGAAGGAGGAACCGAAUCAACCCCGUGUAGUUAUAGAAACCCAGGCUGUUGAGUCUAUGAAUGAGGAACCGAAUCAACCCCGUGUAGUUGUAGAAACCCAGGUUGUUGAGUCUAUGAAGGAGGAACCGAAUCAACCUGGCGUAGUUAUAGAAACCCAGGUUGUAGAGUCUAUAAAUGAGGAACUGAGCCAACCGGCAGUAGUUGUAGAGUCUACAAAUGAGGAACCGAGCCAACCCACGGUAGUUGUAGAGUCUAUAAAUGAGGAACUGAGCCAACCCGCAGUAGUUGUAAAUGAGGAACCGAGCCAACCCACGGUAGUUGUAGAUUCCCAGGUUGUGGAAUCUAUGUAUGAUCAUGCAGAAGAAAAUAAGGAACCAGUUGCUGAAGAUGUCGGUGAAUGUAUUUUGAAUGAGCAGCACCCAAUGGAAGUAGUAGUAAUUUCUAGUGAGAACUCUGUAGAAAAUUUGGACAAAAAAGAGCUUACUGGUACAGAAGGCACUGUAGAACUAAAUAACAUAGCGUGUUGUGGCAGAAGGGAUGAAAUAGAAGGGGAUGCAAAUCAACAAAAGUCAAGGGAUGGUGGAGUUAAUGAGCAGCAGGAUGUUGGGCCUUCUAAUAUGGAGGAAAAUUUCACAGAGGUUAUGCAACUAGAAGAUGAUAAGUCGAUAAAGGAGGCUGAUAUUGAGCCGAUAAAGGAGGCUGAUACUAAGCCAAUAAAUGAGGGUGAUAAUGAGCCGAUAAAGGAGGCUGAUACUGAGCUGAUAAGUGAGGGUGCUAAUGAGCUGAUAAGGGAGGUUGAUUGUGAUCAUGAAAUGGAAUAUGGAGAAAAAGUUGAUCUUGGAGAAAAUGGAAAUGAAGAGCUUCAAGAGGAUGAUGUUGAUGAUCAUGCUGAAGAAGCCAAGAAUAAGGAAGAGGAACAAAGGGAAGUGGCUGCCAUUGAACAAAGGGAAGUGGCUGCUAUUGUUAAUGAGCGCAGGAGUCGAAAAGAGCGUGAAGUAUUUGUUGGUGGGUUGGAUCGUGAUGUUGCGGAGGAGGAUGUGAGAAAGGUUUUCGAGAAGAUUGGGGAAAUAGUUGAAAUUAGGUUGCACAAGAAUCUUUCAACACAUAAGAAUAAAGGAUAUGCAUUUGUUGAAUAUAUGAAGAAGGAGCAUGCAAUGCGAGCUUUGUCAGAAAUGAAAAAUCCAGUUAUUCAUGGACAGCGAUGUGGGACUGCACCGAGCGAAGACAAUGACACAUUGUUUCUGGGAAAUAUCUGCAACACAUGGACCAAGAAAACAAUAAGUGAGAAGCUGAAGGAGUAUGGCAUUGAAGGUGUUGAGAACAUUACUCUUGUUGCUGAUGUUCAGCGUGAAGGAUUGAGCCGAGGUUUUGCUUUCAUUGAAUUUUCAUGUCAUGCUGAAGCCAUGUCUGCCUACAAGAGGCUUCAAAAACCUGACGUUGUAUUUGGCCACCUUGAGAGAACUGCAAAAGUUGCUUUUGCUGAACCUUUACGUGAGCCUGAUCCAGACGUCAUGGCCCAAGUUAAAUCAAUAUUUGUUGAUGGGCUUCCACCUCAGUGGAAUGAACACCAGGUAAGGGAACAAUUAAAAGGUUAUGGAGAAAUUGUACGUGUUUGCCUUGCUCGAAAUAUGUCUACAGCCAAGAGAAAAGAUUUUGGAUUUGUUGAUUUCUCUACACAUGAAGCAGCCGUGGCUUGUGUUGAGGGUGUAAACAAAACUGAGUUGUACGAUGGGAACUCAAAGGUAAAAGUAAAAGCAAGACUCUCAAAUCCUAUGCCAAAAACUCAGGCUGUGAAAGGUGGAAUGUGUGGUGGAUUUCGAAUUGGUCAUGGUGAUGGAUAUAUUCCUAAAUUUGGGCGAGGUAAUGGAAGAGGUGGGAAUUCCUUUAACAAUGCAAAUUUUCGCAGGGGUUCUCAUCGUGGUGGACGUGGUCAUCCGGGCAUGAUGAAUUUUCCUAAUGAAUAUGGAUUUGAUAAACCACAUGCUGAAUUUCAUGGGAGGCAAAAUAAUGGACGAGGUGGAAGGAGAGGUUCGUUCAGAGGUGGUAAUUACCCUUCUGGUAAGUUUGCUGGACGUAAUUUUGAUAGACCAUGGCCUGCUGGCCCCGACAGAGAACGAGAAAUGCACUAUCCUCCUAUGAGGCAGCCUUAUCCUCCACAAGAACAUUUUGACAGACCUUUUCCAGGAAGUCACUUUGAUGACCCUUAUUUUUAUGGUGACGGUAUGCGUGGCAUGAAGCGGCCAUUGCAUAUGAGGGACCCAGAACCUGAUUUCGUGGAGCCAACUGGAAUUCGCCCAAGAUUAGAUUAUGCUGAUCCAGUAGCUCCCUUUCGUGGAAGCCAUUAUCAUGAUACUUAUGGACCCGGCAGCAGUGUCUAUCCUCGUGAUUUUUAUGGCCCUGAUCUCCCCUUGCAGAAUGCUGGAGGUCCUUAUCCUUCUUACUAUGGAGGUGACCCCCCUCCUCCAUACGGUCGUGGCUACUACUAUUAAUCUCGAGAACUUUGGUGGACAUGAAAAUGCAGAGAAACUUUUCUGAUGGAGGCUUGCUGUUUGAUAGGAAGCUGAAGUUCCAUAUCGUUUCCCUUCUUACUCCUUGCUUUUCUCUAAUUUCUUCUUCCUCAUGGUUUGCUCUUAUAUAUAUUUUCGAUAGAGUAUCCAGAGUUUGUAGAGUUUUGAGUUAGGUUGUCUUCCGAGUUCUAAGAUUCCUAAUUAAGAUGAUGAUUUACUUUUCGUAUGAUGGAGAGAUACAGAGAUGCCCCCUAUACCCAUAGGUAUGAACAGGUUGAUGACUUGAGUUAUGAGUUAUUGUGCAUAAGUGCAGAUUUCAUUUUCUGCUUUAUAUAAAUUGUUGGUAUGGAUCAAUAUUUCUUGAUGAUAUUUAAUCUUGUGAUUCAAAAGAGACAAAGUGGGGACUUACUGGAAGUAAAAGGUUUCAGGUUAAGAUUAUAGUUUUCCUAUAGAGAUGGGAGACUUUAGUUUACUUAUUCAGAUGGGGGCUUCUCUGAAAAAUGAUAUUGAAGAUUUUAUGGAGAGAAUGAAGUUGCAGAUUUGCAAUGCAGGGUGUGUAUAUAUAUAAAUAUAUAUUAUGAAUUUCUAUGUUAAUUUAAGGCGAUAAAAUGCACGAUCUUGCAGUGUUCUGGGAUAUUUCUUUUGGAGGUGUAUAAUAGUUUCUUUCCUUUUUAGAGGAUAUUUAGUAGGAAUCAAAA